GAAAAAUCUUUCCCAUAUACUGAAAUUGGCAAAGCCUUUAAUUAUAGGUCACUCUUAAGGAAACAUCAGAUAAUCCCUUUAGGAGCGAAACAGUAUAAAUGUGAUGUGUGUGGCAAGGUCUUUAAUCAAAAGCGUUACCUUGCAUGUCAUCGUAGAUGUCACACUGGUGAGAAACCUUACAAGUGCAGUGAGUGUGGCAAGACCUUCAGUCGAAAUUCAGCCCUUGUAAAUCAUAAGGCAGUUCAUACUAGAGAGAAAUCUUACAGGUGUAAUGAAUGUGGCAAGACCUUCAGUCAAACGUCAUACUUUGUAUACCAUCGUAGACUUCAUACUGGAGAGAAACCUUACAAAUGUGAAGAAUGUGACAAAGCUUUCAGUUUAAAAGCAAACCUUGAAAGACAUAGGAAAAUUCAUACUGGAGAGAAGCCGUACAAGUGUAAUGAAUGCAGCAGGACCUUUAGUCAGAAGUCAUCCCUUACACGCCAUCGUAGGCUUCAUACUGGAGAGAAACCUUACAAAUGUGAAGAAUGUGAUGAAGCUUUCAGUUGCAAAUCAAACCUUGAACGACAUAGGAUAAUUCAUACUGGAGAGAAACUUUACAAGUGUAAUGAAUGCGGCAAGACCUUUAGCCGAAGCGACUUCCUCGGCCUCCAUCGCUGGAGUGAAAUUGGCUGA